AAGAACGGGAAGGGAACGGCUGGUGAUAAAGUACGCCCUGGAGGACAGCACCAUAUCAUCAUAAUUAUGAACAUGCAGGUACAGGUGCUUGUUUUAUCACACUGGAUAAGGGGUUUAGUGCUGACAAGUUUAAACAUUAAUAUUUGCCUAUUUAAGCCAUAUGCACUAGCACAGCCUGGCCAGAGAGGUAAUCACCAUGGCUGAGUUUGGAGAUGUCAUAAGUGCUCUGGGGGAGUUUGGGCUAUACCAGAAGCUGCUGAUACUGCUCCUCGCCCUCCCGCUCCUUCUUAAUCCUUUCCAAAUGGUUGGCCAAGUGUUCAUGGUUGUGGAUGUGCCCCACCACUGUGACACCAGCUGGAUCCUCGCCGUCGGCCCCAACCUGACGCAGGAAGAGCAGCUGAACCUCACCCUGCCCCGGGAUGCGGACGGGGAGUACGAGCAGUGCUCCAUGUACUCCCCGGUGGACUGGGACCUGGACUCCAUCGUGGCACACGGCCUGAACGCCACGCAGAAGUGCAGCAGUGGCUGGGUGUACCCCUCAGCAGAGCCGGUGCUCCCAGAGUCAGCUCGGUGGCUGGUGACAAAAGGCAGGAUGGAGGAAGCCAAGAAGCUCCUUCAGAAGGCGGCGGCCACCAACAAGCGCAGCCUCCCGGCAGGACUCCUGGAGCAGUUGAAGCCUGAGAAACAAACCAAGCCUGUAAGCCUUCUGGAUCUCUUUCGGAAGAAGCACCUCCGGAAGGUGACUUUAAUCAUGUCGUGCAUCUGGUUUGCAGACAGCAUUGUCUACUAUGGACUGAGCCUUAGCGUGACAGGUUUUGGUCUGGACAUCUACCUGACACAGCUGGCCUUUGGGGCCGUGGAGUUUCCAGCUCGAGUUUUCCUCAUUUUCCUGCUGGAGUGGUUUGGGAGGAAGAAAAUGCAGGCCAUGUUCCUGAUGCUAUCUGGCCUGAUGUGUCUCAUCCUCACUGGCCUUCCUGAAGACCAGCCCGUGGCCAUCACCGUCCUGGCCAUCAUCGGCAAGUUCACAGCCACGGCCGCUUUCUCCACCUCCUACGUCUACUCCGCAGAGCUCUUCCCCACGGUCGUCAGGCAGACCGGCGUGGGGCUGUGCUCCACCGUGGCGAGGGUGGCCGGGAUCCUGGCCCCGCUGAUCAUCCCCCUGAACCAGUAUCACCGGGCCAUCCCCAUGGCCAUCUUCGGGAGCAUCCCCGUGCUUGUGUCACUGACCUGCAUCCUGCUGCCUGAGACCCGCGGCGCCGACCUGCCGGAUGACACGGGGAAGGGCCAAACCCCAGCUGAGAACAAGAAGACUGAAGAGUUUUUUAAGGCAGACAUCAGAGAGGAUGAAGCAGAUUUGGAGAAGGACAACUCCAGGUCCUCAGAGAUCGAGCUAUGAUUGGACAGGCACACACUAAAGGUCUAGUUGGAUUCAGGUUUUUUUGAAGCAGGUCAGGGAGGCACUGCUGCCUGGAAACUGGUCUUUCAGAUGAUGAACACAAUACCCGUGGUCAGAGGGAGAGGAGAUCUGUGUCACCCUGUGUUUGGGAAACACGCGCUUCAGACUGUUCCUCAAGCCCAGUUCUGCCAUGCCUGGCUGCGCAGAGAGUCCUCCUGACGUGUUUUCCCAGUCCUUCGCUAACUGGUACCCGUGGAACCAUCCCUGUCGUGUUUUACAGCAAUAAAGAAUCGCCAGCAGAGUGGUUGUACUGGGCAAGCGGGCGCCGGGCUGUGUCCCUGCUGCACUAACGGCCUGGGCCGGCACCUCCUCACCCCCACGUUUGAUCAGGAUGUCACUGAAACCCCGUCACACACGUAUUUAGCUUUUCUUUCUCUGUGGUGUUGAAGUUGAGUUUCUACAUGAAUAAUAUAAAUUAUCCUCUGAGUUUGAUAAGAGACACUCAUAAUGCAAUAUGUGAAUAAUAAAUGGUGUUGACUCUUAUUUUUUUGUUUCACAGUUGGCCUUUGUAACUGCUCUUGGCUCUGGAGUGUUUUCUACACAGAAAUCGUUAAGUCUGUAAUUUAGCACGCAGAUGGAAA